AUGGGUAAAAAGAAUAAACCAGCCCCAAAUUUGGGGCGCACUCUCAUUAAAGACAGAUUUGGGAGCACUAAAGGCAGAAAAUUUGUGUCUGACAACUCUAUGCUUCACACCACCGAAAUACAAGACGGGUACGAUUGGGGGCGCUUAAACCUUCAAUCGGUAACCGAAGAGUCCUCUUUUCAAGAGUUUCUAUCCACCGCAGAGCUGGCAGGUACUGAAUUUCAGGCCGAAAAGUUAAAUAUCAAGUUUGUGAACCCGAGGUCGAAUGUGGGGCUAUUGAGCAAAGACGAGAAGAAGAAAGUCAAGGACGAGCACGAUAAACACAAAGAACUGCUGAAAAUACCUAGGAGGCCCAAGUGGGACUCGGAAACAUCUGCAGGGGAGCUGGAUCAAAAUGAGCGCGAGCAUUUUUUGCAGUGGCGCAGGAGUUUGGCGGCUCUGCAGGAGGAGCAGGGCAUUUUGAUGACCCCAUAUGAGAAGAACCUCGAAUUUUGGAGGCAGCUCUGGAGAGUUGUGGAGAGAAGCGAUGUGGUCUGUCAAAUUGUAGAUGCAAGAAAUCCACUCAUGUUUUGGUGCGAAGAUUUAGAGAAAUAUGUCAAAGAGGUAUCUCCAAACAAAAUGAACAUUGUCCUGGUGAAUAAGGCUGAUUUCUUGACUGAGGAGCAAAGAAAACAUUGGGCCACUUAUUUUGCUGGUGUGGGAGUGAAAGUGGUGUUUUUUUCCGCCACUUUGGUGACUGAAGAGUUGAAUAACAAAGAAGAAUUGGACAAAACUGAUUUAAACGACGAUAAUUCCGACUCUGAGGAGUCCGAAAAUGUCAGUUUGACGGUCGUUAAGAAGUCCAUUGAAAACUUGGAGCAUGCUGUAGAAGAAAACGCGCAAGUUCUCGAUAAAAUCCUCAACAAAAUCGAGGAGAUUGUAAAUAAAACAUCAGAAACGCACUUAAGCGAAAUUAAUAAUAGCAGCGAGUUGCUGUCACGUGAACAACUCAUAGAACAGCUGAAAAAGGUGCACACAGGGCCCAAGGUAACGCCCAACAUAACCACAAUAGGUUUGGUUGGUUAUCCGAAUGUAGGUAAAAGUUCCACUAUCAAUGCCUUGAUGACUUGCAAGAAAGUGUCCGUAUCGGCCACACCGGGCAAAACUAAGCACUUUCAAACAUUGUUCCUCGAUAAGGACUUAAUGUUGUGCGAUUGUCCGGGUUUGGUGAUGCCCAGUUUUGUUUUUACCAAGGCUGAGAUGGUUUUGAACGGAAUAUUACCCAUAGAUCAGAUGAGAGACCAUGUACCGCCCACAAAUCUGGUUUCCAGUUUGAUUCCCAGGCAUGUUAUGGAGGAUAAGUAUGGUAUUAUGCUACCACAGCCCCUGGAAGGGGAAGAUGAGACUCGAAGCCCCACAGCAGAGGAGUUAUUAAACUCAUACGCCUAUAAUAGGGGUUUUAUGACCGCCAACGGCCAGCCGGACAAUCCUAGGGCGGCGAGGUAUAUUUUGAAAGACUUUAUGAACGGCAAAUUGUUGUUUUGCAAUGCGCCCCCCACUGUGCCCCAAAAAGAGUACCACUUCUGGCCGGAGAGGCAGAAAAUAAUUUCAAACAACAAGACUGUACCGCCGAGAGCCGCCAGGGCUGUUAAGCCUUUUAAAACUACCACUCAAGACUUGGACAAGGUGUUUUUUGCAAAUAAAAGACAAGGGGCUCAUAUCAAGGGGAAACUUGGCAUCAGUGGAAUUGCUAGCUCACUAAACAGUGAUGGUUCUCAAAGUUGUUCUACAAAUAGUUUAUCAAUGGAAAAGCCAUGGAAAAAACAUCAAAACAAAAACAAAAAAGAAAAAUUAAGAAGGGUUUAUGCCCAUCUGGACCAACAUUAA